AUGUCGUUCUCGCACUUGACGAGUUCGCGGCCGUCGAACGCAGCGUCGGAUGACGCGCCCGUGACGCCGACGUCGGCUUUUGCGCAGGCGAGCAUCGGCCCUGGUUCGUACCUACCGCUGGCCAAUUGGCCCGGGAAGCAGUCGCCCGACGUACGGCCCGUGACAUCGUUUGGCACAAGCGUCGAGCCCGAGGCGCCCCGCCACGCGCGCUUGGAUCGCGACCCGAGUGCACUCGGCGGCGACAGCUACAUUGUGCGAGAGCACCGCGAGCUCUUGUCGCGCAGCUCCGACAAAGCCGAGCGUACGAAGAAGCGACUCGAGAGCGCGGCUGCACGCGAGAGCAGAAGCCCCGGUCGCCCGUCCCUUUUGGCGAGCAUCGGGACGUGGAAGCAACCGACGACGAAGCGAAAGACCAUGUUCUUUGCGACAACGAUACCAAAGCUGGUGCUUUUUGCGGCAGCUUUUGUUGGCGCCCAAGUACUUGAUGUACCUGUAAGUAUGGACGUGGCGCAAGCGCCCAAGGCGAUGCAUCGGCGCUUGACGCUGCAGACGAACCCUCCAAGCGACCCGUUCCUCAUGGACAAUCGAUUCCUGGGUGACGUGUCGGUCGAGAGCCACCCGAUCUUUGGGUCGGCCUCUGUCGAGAUUACGUCCAGCGGACUCUUCCGCGCGGCGACUACUGUGGGCACUGGUGGUGCCCCCAUAGCAGCCACGUGGAUUCCGACGGCAACCGAUGCUUCGGCUUUUGUGGACACUGGCGAUGUCUUGUACAUCAACUCGCUCGAGCUUCGCUCUGUCGUGGCGGUCAAUCGUUCAGGCAUCCAAGUUGACCGUGGACUUCAAUUUGCUCUUUUGGGUCAAGAAAGCCUUUCCGUGAAGCGCGCUCUCUUCUCAGCGUCCGAAGGUGGUGCACCGCCGAUUGCGAGUGUCAACGCACUCGGUCUCGAAGUGCAUUCGACCGAUGUGACUACGGACACGGCGGGCACGCACACUACAGUGCGUCUCGUGCACUACUCGACGGGCAACGCAUCGAGUCUGGUGCGUGUGCCCGGGACAGCGACGGUGACGCAAGGCAGCACCCUCGUGGGCACGUCUACGAGCCUCGCGUCCGUUCUAUCAGCCAACACGUACAUCCGCCUUGCCGGCGCGACAUACAUUGUGACCGCCCCGCCCUCGGCGUCCUCGAUCGUUCUCGACCGUCCGUUUGCGGGCCCAUCGUUUACGGGUAUUCCGAUGUACAUUGAGAGUCUCGGUGCCGGCAUCGAGCUCAAGGCAGUUGGCGCCGACAACGUGACAGCCGCUGCGGGAAUCGAAGCUGUGUUUGGCACCGAUGUGCCGACGCUCCGGCUCGCGACAGCGUCGUCCAACGCAACAAACGGCGGUCUCACGACUCGCGUCCACGUCUCGGUGAAAGGCGUGACCCUCGUGGGCGGCGCCAACACAAUUGCAACUGAAUUCGGCGGGCUCUCUCUCAAAGCGGCAAGCUUUGUCACGGUCCAAGCGGGGACGGACGAGGCAAGUGGAGCUGGUGGUGACGUCGCUAUGAACGCCGGAAUCAAAACGCGGCGUCCGUGUCGGGAGCUCUAUCGCUCAUGUCCGCCGACAACGGCGCGUCAUCUGGUGUCGUGA